GAUGAAGGCUACAAUUAUCAUUGGAUUGGCCUGCUGCUUUGCCAUCAUGAGCAUGGGCAUGAGCUCUCCCUUACCGGAGGAUCAAACCACACCACGUCCUUUCCUCAAUCUCGAGGGCGGUGGCGGAGGACAGCGUGGCGAUGGCUUUCAUAUUAAUGUGCAGGGACGUGAGAAUGUCUGGACCAGUGAUAAUAAGCGACAUGAGGUGGAUUUAUAUGGAAAAUAUGGUCAACAUUAUGGUGGACCUGGUGGCACUUCACCAGCCAGACAUGAAUUUGGUACCAUCUAUACCUAUAGGUUCCCCAACUUUUGAUUACAUGUAAUCUCUCGAACUGUCGAAUGAAAUAAAGAUUGAUCCUUGAACACGUUCAGUUACCCCGGAA